AUGAAGUUACCUAUUAAGUGUGAAUUAUUUCUGAAGCUACCUAUUAAAUGUGAAUUACCUAUGAAGUUACCUAUUAAGUGUGAAUUAUUUCUGAAGCUACCUAUUAAAUGUGAAUUACCUAUGAAGUUACCUAUUAAGUGUGAAUUAGCUAUGAAGUUACCUAUUAAGUGUGAAUUACCUCUAAAGUUACCUACUAUGUAUGAAUUAUUACCUAUGAAGUUACCUAUUAAGUGUGAAUUACCUCUAAAGUUACCUACUAUGUAUGAAUUAUUACCUAUGAAGUUACCUAUUAAGUGUGAAUUACCUAUGAAGUUACCUAUUAAGUGUGAAUACCUAUGA